GGUUCUAUGGUCUAACGGUCAUGACUGCGGAUUCUGAUUCCGCCAGCGAGGGUUCGACUCCCUCUAGAACCUGUCUUUUUGAGUUUUGGGUUUGUUUUUGAGGUUUUGCGGGAUGGCUUUGCCAGCUGCAUGGAGGCGUCAACAAGGGUCUUGCAUACUUUUUUUUUUGUCUUUGGCCCUGCUACAGUGCGAGAGUCGCAAGUCGUCGGCAAGGGUUGAACACUGCCACAAACUCUCUCUCUCCUUUUUUUUUUUUUUUUUUGAAUGUUUAAGUGGGUUGAUCAUUCCUGGGCUUUUGAUAAACAGCAACUAACAUGAAAUCAUGUCUGUUUAUCGUAUAUAAAGAAGGUAUCUAUUUAUUCACUUGAUUGGGC